AUGCGGCACUCUGUGCUUAAACAUCCGUUCGAAUGGGAUCGAAACAUUUUGAGGCUGUUGAAGGCGAAGCGGCGACAGCAACGCGCCGCAAUUGAGAAAAAGUGGCGCUGCGCUGGCAAUGCUGCGGACUUGGAGCAGCUGGACACAUUCCAUCGGGCCAUACGGCCAUGUGGGCAUAUUUUGCGACUUGAAAGAACUUCAAGAACUCACUCGGUUCUUCUUUCAGAUCUGUGCCUGGCCCAGGUGUUUGGCAUGAUGCCGCUGGCAAAUGUGCUCAGUCGUAGUCCUCACCUGGUUCAAUUUCAGCUACGCUCCUAUGCCACCUGCUUGUCAGGGGUGUUUCUUCUGCUAGGAGGCGUGAAAACCAUGCGCUUAGCAACAAAGCUUAUUCAAGGCGGCCUGAAUGCCAAGAGCAUGGUGAGCGUCGUGUUCUUUACGAGCGGAAUGGUAAUCUGCGUAAGCUUUAUUUCUUUGGCACGUGGCUGGUCUCGUCUGAUUGUGCCCUGGACCGGUAUAGACAUUAUAAUGCUCUUUCCGCCAUAUGCAAAAAUGAAAUAUAGUCUUCGACGGAAGCUGCUUAUCGCUGGAUGUUCGCUGGGAUGUUUGACACUGAGUAAGCCCCUGACCUAGAAUAUUAAGGACCUC